AUGCGAUCCAUGCAAGCCUUGCGGUUUCUGCCGCCCAGCAGCCAGGAGUACUUGGCCUCUGUGCUCUCGGAGCUGGGCCCUGAGGAACUUCAGGACUAUGAGACAGUCCGCAUGCUCUUGGAGCCCUUCUUGCUGGAUGCCUUGAAGAGCGGGCGGCAGACGCCAAACGACCGCACCAGCGGCGAGAAGGUCGGACACCUCUGUCGACAGGUCUUCGAGGAGCUGAAGGACAUGUCCGGAUCUGAUCGAAGAAGCGGAUGUGCAGCUGCGCUGCGCCACGCGGCGCAGCAGCUCUCCGCGGCGCUCCAGCUGCCCACGGAGACGGUGGAGAGUCUCUCAAGUGUCUUGGGCCAGCUGACCCCGGAGGAGCUCGCCGCUGGAGGCACCGAGCUCUUGCUGCAACUACUCACCCCUCCCUUGCAGGAGGCCUUCCAUGACUGUGGUGAAUGGCCGGCUGAAGAGGCGGGUGGGGAGUUCCAUUCCGAGGUUCGCUGCAGUUCUGCUGCGAGAGCUGCAGUCAAAGUCAUGAGUCGGGCGAUGCUGGCCACCCUUCUCAGCUCCGUGAGGCAAUCCGACCUGCACCGGCCUAGGGAAGUCCAGAGUUACUCCAGCAGAUGA